AUGGUUGAAGUAGCUCGUGAUCUUCUGAAUUGUUUUAUUCGAGACUUUGAACAAUUGUAUGGAUUAAGAUAUUGCUCCAUUAAUAUACAUUUAUUAAUCCAUUUACCUGACUCGGUGAAAAAUUUAGGACCUUUAUGGGCUCACACCUGCUAUGAAUCUGAAGAUCUAAAUGGUCAAUUAUUAAAAUUAUUGCAUGGUACGUGGCAUAUUGAUAGUCAGCUAACAAGAUCUCAAAGUCAGUUUAUAACAAUGGCAAGAUUUAUUGAACUGUCAGCCAAUGAAAAUGUACGUAAUUUUUGUCAGAACAAAAAAGUACACUCCAAAAUUUUGGAUCAAAUUUCGGAUAAUUACUACAGUGUUGGCAAUUAUAAGUGUCUUGAUAAUGAGGAUAUUCCAUUAAUAAUUAUGCUUGCAAUGCAACGAAGUGAAUUAUUAAUGGAUAAUAUUACCAUAAGACUAUAUUUCAGGCUUAUUAAAAAUAAUAAAGUAUAUGUCUCCAAAAUGUAUAAAGAUAACAUGCAAACUCAGUCUUCAGUGGUGCAAUAUCUAAAAAAUGGCCAGCUCCGAUUUGGACUGAUUUAUUGUUUUAUACAAUGGUCACGCUGUAUUUGUUUACAAAAUAUUUGUAAUUGUAACAUUAAUCAUCACUUUGCUAAUGAGCGGCAAACGACGUCAUUUUUAUGCAAAUGUGAUGAAAUCAUUGAAGCUGUUGCGGUAGAUUCAUUAGUAACACCUUGCUUCUAUAUAAAAAUUCAGGCACAAAUCUAUGUAGCAGUACCGAUAAAUAACAAGGAACGAGAAUAA